GACGGGAGUCCCUAACGGAGACAAAAAUGUUCAAGUCGAGGUAGUUUUGGGUUUAGGAUUAGAAUUAGGAUUUCGGGAAGUGAGAAAUGGUUGUGGGGACGUUGUACGUGUCGGUCGGUCGAUUGGUUUGAUAGAUGGCUGCCUGGGGAUUUAACCUUGCGAUCUACAUCCAGUCGAGGGCCUGAUGAGUGGCUUUGAUUCUCAAUCGGAGUGCAGGUAUAUAGGAAGUCGAGGCGUGAUUCGAAUCCGAAAUGGCACAGCGCUCUCGCGAAGCGUUCACUGCUGUGCCGUACCGUUACUUUCCAUCUUUAUAACUUAAUCGUGUCCCAGCAUAUCAUAUCCUACCCUCCUCCACAUCACACAAUAUAAACAAAAAUGGCCGGCGCAAUCCUCACCACCACCACCACCCUCCCCCCUCUCCCCCUCCGACGAACCCCCCUCUUCGUCCUCGCACCAGCUUUCCCCCUCCUCCUAACCCAGGGCCUCAUAUCCCGCCGCGUCAACCCCGCCAUCGGCAUCCUCCCACUGUUCCUCUCCGCCGCCUUCUCCGCAUACCUGCUCUCUAACACCAGCCGGAUCGGCCUAGCAGGCACGCCGGUGCACCUCGUCGCGGACGUGGUGCUCGCGAUCGCGCUGCUGACGUGCUUGAUUCUGGAUUGGGUUUGCUUGCCGAUG